AUGGCGUCGUCUCCAUAUGAAGCUCUACAAAGGUGUGUGAAAUGUUUUGGGUCAUAACUCACAAACUGUGAGCCACAAAGGAGGCCUUCCAAGGGGGGUAGCUGUGUCGCAAUGUCGCUUGCUUUAGGAGACCGUUGUCGCCUAAUCUACAGCUGCAAAUGUCGCUGUCGUUUUUUGAAGUGUACGUAACUGUACCAGUCAUUUUUGUUUUGCGAGAAACUGUUUCGCAACAGGGCUAUAACAGGAUUUUCAUGGUGGUCAGUUGGCAAAAUUUCGUGAGCGGCGAAGGAUGAACGCUUCUUCUUCUUCUUUAAGGGUUGGCUCCCGCGGGAAAAUUUGGAAAAUCUGAACCCUCAGAAAUGUAAUUUCCUGUAUUCUGAGUCACUUUUAUUGAUAAAAUGCACAACUUUCCAAUGUCACCGUCGUUUUUCACUGUUUAGUAUGUCGCUGUCGCAUUUUAGCAGCGUAGGCAUGUCACUUCUCGCUUUUUAAAAAUUCCCAUGUCGCCAGUUUUCAGGGCCGUGUCGCAUGUCGCUUUUACCCCUUGGAAGGCCUCACAAAGACCUGAGAUUUGGACAAAAUUAAUUCUUUAUAUACUAGUCUUUUAUAACAUAUUUUCUUGGCUUCUUCCAUCGGAUGGUUUCCAAUUAUUUAUUUUUAUGUGCCGUGUUUAUUGUGUGACAGUGAAAACGAAGAAUAGAGGUGUCCAUCAAGAGGGAGUUGACUGUAUUGCGGUUUCCACCCCUCCUCUGGCCCUGUAAAAGACUUCUGUAUAGAUUGUUUUAUUAUGUCACAGUGGCCGUAUUGGUCUACGGAAAUGUGAAACGGUAGACAUUUGGUGCACCAAAAACUCCUUUAAGGAUUGAACACUUUCCUCAUAGAAAAACUUUCUUUUGCCAUUAUUUACCUAACACGACAAAAAUAAAGGGGUUUGCCCAAAAGAGAACUGAAGCCGUGUCUAAAUCGGAUAUUUUUUAAACCGCAUAUUUUUUUAUCAUGAAUAGGCCGCGGAUGAAUGAGUCGAUUCAUUGGUUUCGUGUGGACGGAAGGCUGAUUCGUGACAAAAAUAUAUAUGCGGUUUUCAAAUUAUUGACAUUGAGCAGGUAACGUGAUGUUAAGGUGCUGUUUCCUUCAGGUAUCGUUGCGUCUUUGCGUCAACUUUGCGUCACGCUUGCGAGUAACAGUAGUACCCAGUCUUUUUCUGAAGACUGCCGUCAUUCAGCACUCUCGCCUCUCAGCAGUCGAAACUAUGGCGAAAAGUAACCUCUCUGCUGUUCUCCGUAAAGUGGACGACUUAUGCUUGGUAAGAUAAAAUUCUGCAUAUUCCUGCAUUCUAUUUAACGCACUUGUCAUGUGUUUAAGCAUAUUUAAGUGGUAGAGUAGCCAAUAAUACAUUCGUUUUGCAGGAAGAACGCCCUGUCCCGCGACCUGGAAAGGGCGGUGAGUGUUUUAACUCAAGUUUUUACUAUUUCCUUACUUUGAUCAGUCGUUAAAAACUCACGCACUUUGUUCUUAUUAUUACAACAUAUUUGUUGCUGUGUUUUUCUCUCAAAAAUGAAUAUAUUUUGGUCUGAAGUGGAUUGUUUUUUCAGUACACGCUAUAAACUAUGCAUGUUCUCAUCUCCCGCGACGCGAGUCACGCAAAAAUUUCCCAAACUAGAAUCCUAGAAUUAGAUUUCAAGGAAUAAACAAAUUUGUUCUUUAAUGCUGGGAUAAGGACAAUAAAUAAAGUUUUCAUUCUCCAAAUCCCAGGGAGAGAGAGCCUUUUGAACUCUUCAACCUAAUGUGAGGAUUCACAUCAAGUUUAGCGUGAGAAAACAGCUGACUUUUGGCGACUCCACCACUGGUUUCCUUGCGAAAUGAUGUCUGAUUCCAUACUGAUGACAUGUUACCAACCCGAUCUGGGUACUGCUUCUGGCCCCAGUUGUUUAAGCAUUGGAUAGCCCUGUCCACCGGAUAAAUCACUAUCCAGCAGAUUAGUAUUAGGGAAAAUAAUUGUACUGUCCACCGGAUAGAGAUUUACUGGUAUCUGGUGGAUAGAGGCUUGGUGUGCUGAAAAUUUACCUCACCCAAUCAGAAGCACUACUCAGAUCUGAGUAGUUGGAUAGUGCUAUCCACCGGAUAAAUCACUAUCCAGCAGAUUAGUAGUAGGAAAAAUAAUAAUUAUUGUACUCUCCACUGGAGAGAGAUUUACUGGUAUCUGGUGGAUAGAGGCUUGGUGUGCUGAAAAUUUACUUUACCCAAUCAGAAGCACUACUCAGAUCUGGUUGGUGAUGAUGUGUCAUCAGUAUGGAAUUUCUCUGCUCAUUUCUCAUAGGGUAGUUUCGUGGGAAGACCAUUGGUGGCAUCACAGGUGGCACAAGCAUGAAAUAUGGCCAUCGGCACUGCUGUGUAACAUUCAAGAUAUAAGGAUUUGUAUGGGAGAAGAAACAAUUGUUUCUGUAGCCUACGAAUGUAAAAGGAUUUAAACAAAAAUCAGCUAACCUUGCUUCAGUUGUGUGUUUUUUCUUUCCUGUGUGGUUUCCGAGCUGAUUUAUGGCCAUUUAAUGGGUUUUAUUGGAACCCAUUUGCUCUCUCUAUAAUAGAUUCCCAAGGCUGGGUUCUGGAGCAAAGCAGUCAUUCAGAUCUGCUAAAGGAAAACAGUCAUAAAUUCACUCCUAAGGCUCCAAUCACCUCCAUUUCCGCCUAUAUCCCAGAGGAUAGUUCUGCAUCCAUUUGUGAUCUUUUUUCAAGUGGCAUUUGUGAAAAGAACGAAUUAAAGGUUGCUAAUCUUUGCAACCAGUCCUGUUUGGAGCCAUUGACAGAAGCUUCAUUUGAACUCCAUGUUACGUAAAUGGUUGAAGAUAGUUCAAGUUACUCACCCUUGGGGUGGGUGACAAAACAUUGUUCUAUGUCAAGAUCUCAAAUUGAGCAGCCAAAAUCACACGGAAAGUGGGCUGGUCUGCCUUUUUAUACACAACUUUAGACUCAAAGAAAAUUUGUACAUUGAAAUAGUUCAUGCAUAAACUGACCCUGCUUGGUACAGCCGGCCAGCUCUAUGCAGGCAGUAACACUCAUUAAAUGGCCAUAAAUCGGCUUGGAAACCACUCAGGAAAGAUAAAACACGCAACUUAGGCAAGGUUAGCCAAUUGUUAUUUAAAUCCUUUUACAUUUGUAGGCUACAGAAAAAAUAAUAAUAAUUAUUAGUUUUUUCUCCCAUACAAAUCCUUAUAUUUCGAACGUUAUACAACAAUGCCAAUAGUCAUAUUUCGAGCUUGUGCAAGGAAUUUAUUCUAGUCAAGGAUGAUUAAUUUUGAAGAAUAGAAUCUAGGGAAUUUUGUCCAGGAUGUUGUCGACACCAACUCUCCCUUUAAAUAGAAAACUGCAAAAAUGGUCGCUUAUAAUGAGCGUACGGUCCCGUAUGGGAGCUUUCCAUCACCAAGUUAAGUCACAAAUCAAACAGGGUUUCACAAAGGUGAUCGUAACUAGAGCUGGUCACUUACGAGUGUGGUCGCGAGGAGACCGUCAACUGUAUAAUACUAUAAACAUGAUGAAUUCUCUCUCUCCGUUUUAUUUUUUAAUAAGAGUAGAUGUAAUUUGCUUCUUUAUGUAUGUUAAUGUGUUAAAUGUGUCUAUUACUUCCUCACAGAGGUCCAAAUUGCCAUGUAUGCUGUUGGAAUUUGUGGAUCAGAUGUACAUUACUGGAAGAAGGGAAGGAUUGGAGACUUUAUUCUCAAGGCACCAAUGGUUGUUGGUCAUGAAUCCAGUGGUACAGUGUCUGCUGUUGGUGAAGGAGUUACAGACCUGAAAGUUGGUUAGUUAUAAUUUCUAACACUUAUUGAGAAUUAAGAAGUAAUUUUCGCAGAUGUUGGUAUUUUACUUUUUUAUUUGCACUUGUCUUUGUCUGUGGCUGUUGCAGUUCAACCCAUCCUUGUGUUGUUUGUUGCCAUUUCAUCUGUCCUAUAGAGUUGAAACUCUCUUCAAUGGCCACCUUGGGGACAGAAGAAAGUGGCCGUUGUAAAGAGGUGGCGGUUGAGGAUAGGUUUUAAACAAGAGUCAAUGUGUGGCUUUUAAGUGGCAGCCGUAGACUGUUGGCCAUUAGCAGAGGUUUGACUGCAUAACUGUUUCAAGGGCAUGUCAGGAUAAUUACUCUAAGAGGGCCUCACUAAUAUCCCAGGAAGAAGUUUUUUCCCUGAAUUCCUUCAUGGGUUUCUGUUUAAUGGGGGUUUUGACUUAUGUUUGAGGAAUGUUGAAUGGGAAAAAUCUGUCACUUGGUGAGACACCGUGACCCCUUUAUACAGAAAUUUAGAAAAAAAGUAAGGCUGGAUUUAAGAACGUGUAGCUCUAUGACUCAUUUCAAAAGCUUUAAUCUGUAGAGACUGGAUCAGCAAUUUUCUUAUAAGAGAGCAUACAGUGAAUUGGUCAAUUUUAUGCAAGCAUUAGUGGCUUUAGGCUCGAUUUCCAUCUGCUGUUUUCAGGGAACGAGCUUGCGCUCCUCCCCUGAAGCCAUCUCUUCAAAGGGUGGACUCGAGAGAGUGGCAGAAAUCGAGCAUACAGUGGUUUACAUGCCAUGCAAACUGCCACCUCUUCUUGUUUUUAUUUUUAUAUAUAUAUAUUUUUUUUCGUGCUAGGUGACAGAGUUGCCAUUGAACCUGGAUAUUCUUGUCGCACAUGCAGCUUUUGUAAGGAAGGUCGUUACAAUCUGUGUCCAGACAUGAAAUUUGCUGCCACUCCUCCGUACGAUGGCUCUCUCUGCAGAUACUAUGUUCACCCAGCAGACUUCUGUUUCAAGUACGUAACAGGAGUUAAUAAUAAUCACUUAAGUACAGCUGUUACAGAUAACACAUGUAACCUAACCUGCAUUGUCAAAAACAUUUCAGGAUUUUGGGUUUUUCUUUGACGUCAAUCAAACUGUUACCAUAGCAUCCAAUCCUUGCUUGUCAAAUAAAGGUGGCAAUAACAAACAGUAGCUGAAAAGUUCAAAGUUGGCGGGAAAUGUACAGAUGCAUUUUCACCCUCCCGUAUGUGUUUUGUCUGGACUUGGAAGCUUUACAGGAACAAUGUCAGCUUGGGAAUCUAAACUUGUCUUGUAUCAGUAAGUAGGUAAAACAACUUGAGAGCUAAAAACUGAAACCACGUGAACUCUGAAGUUCAAAAGCAACGAACCUUGAAAAACAGAAACUCAAAAUGAAUCAAAAUCCAGCAAUCACAAAUCACAAACUAUAACCUUUGAACCCAUUGAAGUAAAUUUCUGUUUCCUAAAUGGUGUGCUAAGAUAAGGCACCAAGCCUUCAGAUUUUGAUUGACGUUGAAGAAAAACCCAAAAUUAUCCAGAGAUGUAUUUGACAGCUGUAAUUACAUUAAUAUUUUGAUGUACUUCCUGUGUCUGUUUGAUGAUUGUUGAGAAUAUACACCACGAUGUUCAAACUUGUGAGGUUACAAUAGCACUUUAUCAUCAAUAGCACUACACAGUCACUAUUUAUAUAACUCAUGAAACUCAGAUUAAAAAAAUUAAAUUAACAUUACGGAAUUCCUCUCUUUUUUUCCUCUGGUCUCCAAAAUGUUAUCUUUCUCUGACCAUUGUCUUUUUACAAAUUAGUCAAUCUCACAUCAUUUGUGCACUGUGCCAUGUACACUGUAGGGGACACUCCCUAAGGUUGAGUCUCUGAGUCACCCACUGCUAUAACAAUUCCACUUUUCUUCUACCGCGGCUAACUUUCCUUGCUUAUGGAAAUAAUUCUCUCUGCCUUACAGUUAUUUCCAGUGACACUCCCCAAUUGCAAGGUGAAUUUGGCCUUCUUUUUCAACUUCCUGUCUUUAACGAUAUAACAUCAGCAAAAUUAGCUACAAAUCUUAUUUUAACCAAUGCUUGACUUGUGUCACAUUUUUACCUUCUACAGACUUCCUAAUCAUGUGUCAUUUGAGGAAGGUGCUCUUCUUGAACCCCUCUCUGUUGCAGUGCAUGCUUGUAACAGGGCUGGAAUUACCAUGGGAAGUAAAGUGCUGGUUUGUGGAGCUGGUGAGUGGAUUUUUCGACAUCCGAACACUUUUCUGUUCAUUUCAUACGGUUAAUAUAAUGUACUCAAAAUUUAUUAACUUAAACUAACUGUUCAUUAUUCUUAACUCCUGUUACUGUGGAUGCAUUCAGGACUGUGAGUUACUGCCAGUCUGUAAUCACUCAAGGGACAGUCUGUAAUAGUGGGGUGAGAACAGAAUUUCCUGACAAAAUUUUAGAGAGAUAACAUAUAUUUACGUAUAUUAUCCAGGCAAGGGAUUUUGCCACUAUUUUGGUAUAUUGUAACCGGUCAUUGUGUGACGUGGUGUAGUGUGAUGCUGCAUGCUGUGUUCCAAAUAUGGUUCUCCCAUAUUAGGGCAUGUGAGAUAACGAGAGCGGAUCUGUCAAGUGUGUGAAGAGUGAAGUGAUUGGAGUAAAAACAGUGGAAAUCAUUAUUGCAGUAUAUUUUAUUUGUUAUACUAUUACGGAUUGUAACAGUAUCAUCAGGUUGCCUACAAUAAUGAAGUGUCCAUAAGGCAAGAGUUGACUGUACUGAUAUAACUUCACAAUCCUUUAGGUCCCAUUGGUUUAGUCAACCUUAUGACUGCCAAAGCUUGUGGAGCCACUACAGUCACGAUCACAGGUAAUUAUAUAACAAGUUAGAGGCUGGUCGUUUAUUACCUGUGGGGUUGGGGGGGGGGCAGCUAUUUUGAGAAAGCUUCCCACUUCACCCUAGCUUCUUAGAAAUGUCACCUCCAUAAAUUUUACAUCGAUCUUGUGAAAGUGACCUCCUCCCCACCAAUUGCUGUGGAAGGUAUUAUAAAUUCCAAGUGUCAUUUUCGUGCAAGUACACAGUCAUGUAGUCUUGUACAAGGUUGUAGUUGAAGUCUCAAUUCUCCUAUUCCAGGACAAGGCACAAACUGACUACAGUUGAUUACAUGUAAAUGCAUUUUACUUCUCUGCCAAUAAAACAAGAAAAAUUGAAUAAGGACAAUGAAAAUAGAUAGUUAAUUUUUAGAGGUGUCAUAAGGAGAAAUAUUAGAAAAAAGGUGGUAUUAUGAGAACAGUAUGCCUUUCUUAUUCCGACCUGUACACUGUACAUCUCACAUUGAAAAUGCCAGCACGUCAUCACCGAGACAAAAAUGGUAUAUUCUGGCCAAUUUUUAUAAUAUAAAGGUUUAUAGUGAAAAGUGCACUUAGCUCAUCCAGCUAGUUUACAAGCAUUCCACUCAAUUAAUUAGAAAAAAUAAUCCAAUAAACUAGAAAAUAUCAGGAUAAAAAAAAAACGUCAACCAGUUGGCUAUCUACAAGCAUGGGUGAGGAUUUGAAUAAUUUCAGAACAGCUGAGAACAAAUCCAGCAAGUGGUCAGAACAGCCUAGGACUUGAACCUGGUACCACCAGAGUGCGAGGCCAUACACGCUGGUCACUCAACCACGCUGCCUCCAAAUAUCUGUAUUUGAUUUUAUGGUAAUAAAUUGCUUUAGACAUUGAUGAGGGGAGACUUAAUAAAGCCAAGGAGCUUGGUGCUGACUACAUUAUCAAAGUGGAUCCAAGUAAAGACAGCAAGGACUUGGCCAAUAGAGUAAAAGACUGCAUGGGACCAGCUGAUCAAAGUAUUGAGUGUAGUGGGGCAGAAGCAAGCUUUCACACUGCAAUUCAUGUAAGUUGAAUUGAAGUGGAACAUCUUCAAGUGGGUCAAUGUAGAAAUGAACAUUCAAGGUGUUCCUAGUCCACACAAGAUGGCAAUUAAAAAAUUUUGUCCUUGCUAGGAUCUGUUCUCCCAGCACUUAUGCAUUCCUUCAGUACUAGAAUAGUUUCAAGGUCUUAGAGUUAAUGCUUUUUCAUUGACCCAAGAAAAAUGAUAACUUGAGCAAGGAUGGAACAGAGUCAAAAUUCAACACUUAGAAGGACCUCAUUACCUAAGGAUUUCUUAAGAACUUGUGUCCAUGUGUUCCAGAUUGAAUCAGAACUUGGUAGCGUUGGUCUAUGAGGAGAGGCGCAUGGAAACAUGAAGUACGCGGAGAAAGCUUCUCGGAUCAAAGGAGAGAACCAUUAAAACAAACUGCUUCUCAACCCACAUAUGGCAUCUACGCUUAGAUUUGAGCCCGGGCCACAUUAUAUUGGUGGGAGGCAAGUGCUCUCACCACUACAUUAUUGUUUUUUUCAGGCUACUAAAUCAGGAGGUACUUUAGUGGUUGUAGGGAUGGGUAAACCUGAAGUGAAGUUUCCUAUUGUAGAUGCACUGGUCAGAGAGGUGGAUAUCAGAGGCAUAUUUAGAUACGUGAACUGGUGAGUUAGAAACUGUUGAAAAUUCGAAGACAGGGUCCUUCUCCUUCCCCAAAUUUUGAAAUCCUGCAGACCUCUCUCACAUUCUGCUCCAGUGAACAUACACACUGAAAUGAAGUCAAGGCUUGGGUAGACAGUUCCAGAAUUUUGACACCCAAAGUGAUAAGGUCGUUUACUGUUCCUCUAUCAAGCCGCCCUCUCUAAUAAGCCCCCCUUCUCAGCAAAAGAAAGUUAUCCCCCCCCCCUCCCCCCCCCCCCACUUUGAUUUUAAAUGAUAGACUUUAAUAAUCUCAACUGUAACACUUUAUGUGGACUGACCUGGUAUAUCAUGUGCUGGAAGCUCGGUUUUGUUUUUGAUCACCAGCUGCCUGACCUCCAACUUCAUGUACCUAAGCCUUCACACCUUACUGUCUAGUUUUUAUGGAGAAUUGAUACCUAUCAUGUUCACUAAGUUGAAUAAACUCCCCCUCUCAAGUAAGUCCUCCCCUCCCUAUUAGGCCCCCUAAAAUGUGCUUGAAAUAAAUUAGUCCCCUGCGGGCUUAACAGAGGAUUUACUGUAAUAGCAUAAACUUGCGCGAUGCUGAUCAUGGAGUAAAGGCUUAAAUAAUAAGUGGGCAAGAAGGCUCUCUUUUUGAGCUUGAGUACAUGAAGGGCCCUGCUAGAGCUAGUUUUUUUUGCUUUCUUUCUUUGUUGUAGUUACCCCAAAGCUUUGGCCCUGGUUGCCUCUGGAGCGGUGAAUGUUAAACCUCUUGUCACUCAUCACUUUAAACUUGAGCAGUCACUUGAAGCUUUUGAAACUUCUCGAACCGGUGCAGGAGGAGCUAUCAAAGUUAUGAUUCAUUGCAAUGAGGAUUAUCAGAUGAAAUUAUAAUGUGUUGGAAUGUUACGGCAAAAUGGUGUUAUUCUGUAAUAAUCAUUGAACACAGUGGAAGCAUGCGUACACCAGAGGCAAGAUUAUAACUAUGUUUGCCAGAAGCUCUUGAUUCUUCUGUUAGUUGGUGCUGGAGGAGUAAUCAUGCUAAUAUUUAAUACUGUGAUGCAGGGAAUUAAAUCAGACGCUAUAAAAGACAUGACAUAACCUAAACUAGACAAUUUUCUAGUAAUUUAUAAGCAUUCGGUGACUUUGUUUCAUGGUAAGAUCAUUCCAAGCCAGAAAGUUCCACAAUGUAGUGAGAACUUUUCAGGAGUCUUAAAGCCAUGAGCAGAAACAAGGGCGUUACUCGUGCACGUAUACCUUAUUCUUUUAGCCAAGAAGCCAAGAAAGCAAGCUUCACAUGGAGUUUAAUAUUGAAGCUGUGGAACAAUAUGACUAUAAAAUUGAAUAAUCUGGCUAGCCUUAGACAGUGGAAUAUUAUCCAAACUCUUAGGACCAUGAUGAAUAGUCCAGAAAUCAAAAAUAUGAAUACCGGUACUAAUGACUCUUGAAUAGAAAUCGUCAUUAAGAACAACAAAGAGUAACAUGGCUUUUGAGCCAAUGAUAAUUAUUGGUCUUAAACUGGCUUACCUAGUAAGGAUCAUGCUAAAAAUGGGUGUCUUCGAAAAGUCUAAAACAUAUUUGUUUUUUAAGUCUUGCCAAUCAAUGCAAUAACGGUGAAAAAAAAGUUAAGGACAAUAAAUUAUAACCCAGUAGCAGACAGUAGAAAUGGAGGAGGGAGAUACAAAAUAUCAGCUUUAUUUGGCCUGGGCACUCAGAAAUAAAAUUGUUUAUCUUUCCUGUCUUGUUCCCACAUUCAAAGCUUGGAAAUCACAUAGGAAACAUUCUCCACUACAGUUUCACUAAUUAUUAUGUUUGGGUCUAAUUAAACUAACAUGACGUGAGUCUAAGAGGUUGUGACCACCACAAUAGAUACCAGGAGUGGAUCCAGAAAAUUCAGAAAGGGCAUGGGGCAGGACACUUGCCAGCUAUAUACUUAGAUACUAUUUAUUUCAUAGACAAUCCAAUAAAAUAAUAAAAACAGAAAAGGAGGCAGGAAAUGGUCCAGUCGGACCACCCCUUGAUCCACCCAUGGAUACCUUUACUUAAAAUACAAAAAAAAAGUCUUAUAAAUUACAUUUGUAAUAAAAGAAGGAAGAAAAGAGGGCCCAAGUUUAUUUAUGAUCUAAUAACUGC